GCGCGUGUACCCAGCUGUAAUUUUCUGUGACCUACAAUAGGCGAUAAGUGUUUUUCUAAUUAUGGAUUUUUCCGACGACAGUGUGACGGGCACUUCGGGCAGGGAGAGUGCGGUCAGGCGGCCCGACGCACCGCGCCCUGUAUCUAGGAGAGGGUUCCGGGAGUACACCAACUCAGGGUCUGCAGUGUCCAGAAGCGGCAGCAUGAGGCCGACGUCAGCCUACCGACCUGCGGGCAGCACCGCCUCUCGCCUGUCCACUGCUNGCCUGUCCACUGCCGGGUUUGGACCGGCGCCACCCACGGCCGGUAGACAGCAGACGGCUAUGACUGGAUUCUCUAUGAUUGAUCGCCCCAUAACCCAGCAAGGCAUCUCGGGGCUGCGUACAGGCACUGCCCGCGGCUUCCGCACCAGGCAGCUCCAAGACAAGAGGUACUGGGAAGAGCUGAUGCAGGUCAAGAUCAGAGAGAUGAAGGCAGAGAUAGCCAGGCUGAACGAGCUGGCUGAGGCUGGCGAGAGGGAAAAGUCUGCUAAGAAACACUAUGAGAAAAGGGUGAGGGAGCUUGCGCAGGAGUUGACUGAUCUUCAAGGCCGAUUAGCAGAUUACAACACAGCUAUACGCAUAGCGAAUGGGGAAGCAACCAAGCAGUCGGUUGAAGACCAAACAAAAGAAUUGGAAAUCAACAACAGGAAGCUACAAGAGGAAGUAGAACAAGUGUUCCUGGAGAAACAGAGGAAGGAAAAUCAGUUGAGGCAGUUAAGAGAGCAAAUGGACAAGGAGCAGUCAACCAUAUCAAAGCUGCUAGCUGAGAUGACCCAAGAACAGAAAGACCAGUACAACGAGCUGGAGGCUACGGCCGCGGCUUUGAGGGAGGAGGUGGAGCAGGCCAGGGCUCAGCUGGACCACCUCAGCAGGGAGAAGGAGGAAUUCAGCAAGGAGAUAUCGGGAUCACAGAUUAAAGUCCAUCUUUUGGAAUUGCAUAGGCGUUUAGCAGCCGCUGAAGACAAGCGAGACACGCUUAAAAAUGAGAUGAACAACCGCCUUGAACCUCAGGAAGAGAGGGAGAAGUUACUAUUACAGGUUCGCGAAGACAACGCGGCUAUCACUUCAUUGGACAGUAACGCUGCAAAUCUAAAAGAACAGAUCAAGAAAGUCCAAGAACUCAUAGAGCAAGCUGAACAGGACUUAGAAGAAGGAAACUCCGAGCGUCAUCAGAAAUACCGCGAAUUGAAGAAACGUGAAGAGACAAUGGACACCUUCAUGUCCACUUACGACGAGAACCUCAAGAAAGAACAAGAAAAGAUAGCUCAACUAGAAAAGGACAUUGUAUUCGCUUUAGAACACAGCAGUUCUAACAUCGACAUGGAUUUGAGCGAAAUAGAUACGUUGAAGCAGAAAGAAGGGUACGUUUCCUCGUAUGAUGAUGGAAAGAAGUCGGUGGAUACUCUUAUGAAGGAUUAUGAAAGGUUCCACGCUAAUUUGAAGAAGGCAGAAUCUACGCGUGAGCGGCUUGCAACAGAACUACAGGCAUUACCGCAAAAGACAGAGGCUAUGAACGAGGAGCUAGUCACCCUGUCAGAUCUAGAAAGACUGAGGGAUGAAGGUGAAGAACAAAAGAAAACGUUAGAGACGGAGAUGCAAUUGCUGAGGGAAAAAUUAGCUCCGACAGAAAGCGCGGUCACAGAAGCAUUGAGCAAACUGAAGAAAUUGCAGGAAAGCCUGGACGGCAACGAAAUGUACACAAGACUUAACAACCUAGAAGAAGAAUUGGCUCAACUUGACACCAGGAAGACGGUCUUAGAAGAAGAUAUAGCGUCAAUCACGCUGAAGGCGGACUACGAACCUUUGAAGAAACAGGCAAUGGAGGAGCUGGCUAGCUUGAACAAGAAGAUUAUUGAGGACUUGAACAGCGCUAAAUCUUAUUGAAUAUGGUUUAAAAAUGGGUUUGUUACGACCACAUAAAUUAGGUUACUUAUUGAUAAUUUUUACAAUUUUAUCAAUUUUUUGCCGUCUUCUUCGUGUCGCUGAGUUUAACUUUUCCCCGGGACAAACUUGACCUUCACUGGUUGGGUUUUUAU